CCACGCAACCACAUUCAGGGCAGAGGCUAAGCGUGCUAAUCACAUCCAGGCUGUGAGUUCAAAAGCAAAGUUCCUCUGGGUGUUGGAGCACUUCAAGUCAGUGAAUUUAGACAUGGACAUUCAAAAUGAACCCGUUCAUGCUUACCAAAAUGUAGAGGCAUUACACAAAAGCUCUCGCUCAAACGCAAGACAUGGUCAACACAGAGCGCUCAGGCUGGCUGCCCUGUGCAUUGGUGUGAUGUGUAUUCUUCAGGCGACGCUCAAUAUUGUCCUGAGACUAUACUUUACCUUUCAGGUGGACACAAGCCUGUUAUAUACUGGCUGCAACAAUCAGUCUGUAGAGAGAGACCAGUUACAGACCUGUUACAACAACCUGGCUAAAGAGAGAGACCAAUUACAGACCAGUAAUACCCACCUGGCUAAAGAGAGAGACCAAUUACAGACCAGUAAUACCCACCUGGCUAAAGAGAGAGACCAAUUACAGACCAGUAACACCAACCUGGCUAAAGGGAGAGAUGCACUCCAGAGGAAACUUUCUGACCUGGAUGAAAACAUUAACAAGGUGGGAUGGAUCUACUUCAGCUCCAGUAUUUACUACAUGUCUACUGAGAAGAGGAGCUGGACUGAGAGCAGACAGGACUGCAAUAGUAAAGGAGCAGACCUGGUGAUCAUAAACAGCAGAAAGGAACAGGAGUUUGUUGAAAUGAUCAGGAGAGGUCAGGAAGCUUGGAUUGGCCUGAGUGACAUUAGCAAAGAAAACGGCUGGAAGUGGGUGGACGGCUCGACACUGACCACCAGAUUCUGGUGUAGCAGGGAACCCAAUAAUUAUGAAGGGAACGAGGACUGUGUUAUAACCGGCUAUGCUCCACAAGAUGGACGACCCAUAACAGAUAUAUUAAAUACAUGGAAUGAUUUUACAUGCUCUGUCCAAUUCAGUUGGAUAUGUGAGAAGAAAGUUUCCAUAUAGAGGGAGCAGCAUUACUUAACUUACUGUAUCAAUCAAACAUACAAUGUUUUCGCUGGACUUCUUUCAAAAUAUGACAUGUUUUUAAUCACGUGUGUCCACUAAAGUGCUGAUGAUGCCUGGUGAGCAUUGUGAUGAAUUAUUCUCAGAUUCUGCGAAUGAAUCUCAAAUAGUGAUCUAACUAACAUAUUCUGUAACUGUAUGCUACAUGGUGGUGGUGUAUAUGUAUUUUAAUUUUUGGUUCAAAAUAAAUUUGUUUUAUGUUUUA